CAUGAUCGCUUCACGAAUAAACGAUGGCAUUACCGUUCUGUUUAACACAGUGUGCUGCGAUACACAAAUCGCACGCGUUCUAAACACGCGUUUUCAUUCUGGUGAAUGGCGGGUGGCGGUUGUGGUGACGGUUCUGUGACGUGUGUCUCGUGUUGUGUUGCCUGUCAGUUUUCUCGUGUAUUGGAAAUAGCACCACUCGUCUGUCGUACGCAUCAUCGGCGGUGACGUCCACUCAGGGUUUAUUCGAACGUGAUUGCGUCACGGAAUGCGGUGUUAUCCACACGGUCGGUUCGAUGGACACUGUCACGUUAUGCGCCCGGGGUCGACUGAUACACGGGGCUGCGCGUAAAAGUGCGCGGUUUCCGGCGAGCAAUUUACCGAGAGGAGAUAUCCAGCGUUAUCUCUUUCUCACGCGUGGCUCGGGAUCCGUAUCGUUGCACGGAAGAUGUUUAACUUUAUGAAGAAGGCCACGGAGAAGGACGACAAGGAGAAGAGGAAGCGCGAGAAGAAAGAACGGAAAGAUGUCAAGAAACGCGACCGGAGUAGUAUGUCCGCGGAAGAGUUACUGCGCUUGGAUGAAGUGCGUAGGUCAUUGAAACUUCCCGGUCGUCGAAAGGAGAAAGAGAAGCUACCGAGUGGCAUCACCGCGGACUAUAGCGCGUCGUUUUUCGCGUAUCUAGAUCGGGACAUCCUAGAAAAUUCGCAGAACACGUCGAAUUCAGGCCAGGGACCGCGUCCCAAUAACAAUUCGACGAACCGAACGCCGGACGGUUUGAUACAGAGCGAUUCGUCGGAGACCUCGUUGACGUCGUUGACCAUCAAUUCGUCGAACGUUCAACUGGGCAAGAAUCUGCCCCCGUUGCCGCCGAAACCGCCGAAAAGGGGCAUUCUGAAAGGACCACGUCUGGGCAUCACCGGUGGCGCCACGACGCCCGUUUCGGACGAGAACGCUUUAGCAAAUGGCGACGAGAUUAAUUACCAGGAGCCGAAUAAUUUAUUAGCGAGGAACACGUUGCAGAACGAAGUGAUCGCUUAUCAGAACGUGCCCACGCAUUUACCGGGAUUGGGAACGGUUUUGGGCAAAGAGGAGACCUGCAGCGAGGAGGAGACGUUAAUUUGUCAGAGCACCUGGCAAAUUUCACCGCAACGAUCCGUUCAACAUAGUCAACAACAACAGCAACAGCAGUACCAUCACCAUUAUCAUCAUAGUCACCAUAGUCAGGGCGAUACGAAACUACUGCAGGUUGUAACCAGUGCUAGUCCUUCGGCGGAUUCCUUAACGGACACAACGAAUUCGAGUUUCGCGACGCCUCCGUUCAGUCUGUCGCCGGUCGGCGAAUCGCAGGGUUUCUCGAGGUGGCGAUCGACGGUGUCGUUCGAGGAACAGGGCGUCGAGCUGCAAUUACCGGAGAUCGUUCCGUUGGAGUUGCCCGAACCGAGGGAAUUGACUAUUCAUAGGCAACCACCGCCUCGGAACGAUUUUGGAUUUUCGUUGCGUCGCGCGGUGAUCGUCGAGCGGGCCGCGGGGGGCGGCACGCAGAUGAGAUCGGUGAUCUUCGCCGAACCUGGCUCGCUGGUACAGCACAACAAUGACACCGGCCUGUUGCCUGGCGAUCGUUUGAUCGAGGUCAACGGGAUCAACGUGGACGAUAAGUCGCGGGAGGAAAUUAUCGAUCUCAUCAAGCGUUCGGCCAACAGUGUCACCGUGAAGGUGCAACCGGUUGCGGAAUUGUCAGAGUUAUCAAGACGAGGCGAUAGUGACGGACAACAGGUUGAGCUUGCUGCUGCGAAUAUUCGUAGCGGCACGCUUCGACGAUCAGGCAGCUUGCGGUUUCAGGAUAGUAUGGCACGGUCGGAGGAGCACUUGGCGCAAGAACAGGCAUGGCUGAAUUACGAGAAGGUUUGGUUGCUGCACCGUGGCGGUUUCACGCUUGGGACCAAGUACGGCUCGGCGGAUCCGGACACGGGAAAGCUGAAGAUUCGCCUGGCCACUUCCGGCGAGGAGCUUCUGGUCGACGAGGAGGAUGUCGAAAAAGCCAAUCCUCCACAGUUCGACAAGGCCGAAGAGCUCUCUCGUUUACGGUUUCUUAAUGAGUCUUCUGUUCUUCAUACAUUAAGGCAACGUUAUGCUAGCAACUUAAUACACACUUAUGCUGGCGAUAGUAUGAUCAUAAUCAAUCCGGUGGCCCCGUUAGCAAUUUAUUCAGAAAAGGUGGCGCUUAUGUUCAGAGGAUGCAAGAGCGAAGAUAUGCCCCCGCAUGUUUACGCGAUGGCGCAAGCAGCCUACAGAGGAAUGUUAGCAACUCGAAGAGAUCAUUCCUUAGUUUUUCUUGGCCGUAGCGGAUCAGGCAAAACUACAAACUUUAAGCAUGCUCUGCAUUACCUCGUAUUGGCUGCAGGCACAGUUAAUAAGAUCCUGACUAUCGAGAAACUCAAUGCCGUCUUCACUGUCCUAGAAGCAUUUGGAAAUAGUAGAACGUACAUGAACUCAAAUGCAACGCGUUUUACGCAACUGUUUAGUUUAGACUUCGACCAGUCAGGUCUAAUUGCAUCCGCUUCGUUGCAGGUGUUACUUUUGGAGAAGUCAAGGAUAGGUAAAAGGGUGAACGGAGAUCCAACCUUUCAUGCGUUAUACCGGUUGCUGGCCGGCGCAGAGGGUGCAUUGAGAAAGGAAUUGCAUCUUACUAAUUUAGUCGCGGAGAAUAAUCCGUUCAUCACGCCCCUGCAGAAGCACGAGGACAAACAACGGGCCAUGGUUGAAUUCAACCGAAUCGUAGCCGCGUUCCGAACGCUUGGUAUCUCGGAAACCGACGAGAAAGUUAUCUGGUUGGUGCUCACCGGUAUAUAUCACCUGAGUUGCGCGGGUGCUGUCAAAGUCGGCACCAGUUCUCAAAGUCGCUGGCAGUUCGCGAGAGUAGAGUGCGCAGAGAAAGCAGCCACGUUGCUGGGCACUUCGGUCGAGGAUCUGAGCAGAGUGGUGUUCUCCUGUAACGGGGGUGGUGGCACCCCGAACACACCGAGGCCUACAUUACGGACACCAAGUCCUACAGAGCAGAGCAAGGACAUAACUGGUCUGGACGCUCUCGAAGGACUUCUUAUUGGACUUUAUUCCGAGGUGUUCCAUUGCGUCGCGGCUCUCAUUAAUAGAUCCAUAUCAUCCUCGGUACACACGGUUGCAUCUUUAUUGCUGUGCGAUUCGCCCGGUUUUCAGAAUCCCGCUACCUGCGGACGACAAACUGGAGCAUGUUUCGAAGACCUUUGCCAUAAUUACUUACAGGAACGCUUGCAAUUGUUGUUCCAUCAUACAACGUUGGUGGCGCCGAGGGACAGGUACAUCCAAGAAGGAAUUGAUGUAGAUUGUGAAGAUGGCUGUGACGAAAGUGGUAUCGGCUCGCCCCAAGCGUUGGUUUCACUGAUGGAUCGUGGAAAUUCACAAGGUGCAACAAUGCUGCGAACUAGUCAAAAUGACCUUAGUGGAAGUAGACAAAUGGAACGAAAGGGACUUUUGUGGCUAUUAGACGAAGAGGCAGUGUGUCCAGGAGGUAGCGACGAGACAUUUUUAGAUCGGCUGUUUUCUCAUUACGGAGAUCGAGAUCACCAAAUACUGUUAAGAAAAGCACCCGGUAACAAUCAGUUCAUUUUACAACACUUAUUGGGUACUAAUCCUGUACUAUAUACGGCGACUGGUUGGCUUAAAGCGACGCGAGAAAAUCCGGUUACUAAAAGUGCUAUUACAAUUCUUCAAGAAAGUACAAGAGAAGAUGUAAACACGCUGUUUGCAAGCGCGCGGGGAGCUGGUGUCUCUGGUACUCUGUGUAGUUCGAUGCCUGGAUUAGAAGGUUCGCAGUCUUUAAGAAGAGCUUCGAGCAUUAGACGAACAUUUACUGCUGUGAAGAGAAAAAACGUUUGCUUGCAAGUGAAAUUCACCGUAGACGGACUGGUUGAAACUCUGAGGAGAACUCGGGUUAAAUUCAUCCAUUGCAUACUACCGCAACACAAUUCCGGUUGUACCGAUAAUAAGAGUUUACUGUCUGUAAAAUCAAAUCAGAAUGAAGACAGCGUCAUCAAUGUGCCUCUUCUACGUUCACAGAUGCGUGGAAGUCAAAUAAUCGAAGCUAUUCGGCUGCAUAAAGUCGGAUUUCCUAAACACAUGGCUUUAGGCGAAUUUAGAAGACGAUUCGGCUUAUUGUCGACCGACUGUAACGCACGACCUGGUAGUCCCGUAGGCGAUGAACGCCGUAUGGUCGAAGAUAUGCUGUUGACUGUGGACAUUGAUCCAGCUUCGUAUCGUGUUGGACAAAGUCAGAUAUUUUUCAGAUCGGGCACUCUGGAACGGCUCGAGGCGCAGAGAGACGAGAAGCUGACCGGCCACAUUAUUCUUUUACAAGCGAGAUGCAGGGGUUAUCUGGCACGUCGUAAACUCAACACGUUGAAAUUACAAGAUCUUGCGGUCAGAUGCAUACAGAGAAACGUCAGAAAAUGGAUGUCCGUACGAGAAUGGCCAUGGUGGAGAUUAUACGUAAAGGUUGCGCCUUUGCUGAACGUUCAUCGGACCGAGGAUCAAUUGAAGGCGAAGACGGAGGAACUCGAGAUUCUGAAGGCGAAGGUGGAGAGGCUGGAACAAGAACGGAAUCAUUUGAAACAUGACAACGACAUAUUGGAAACUAAGUUAAGCGAAAUGUCCGCUGAGUUCGCGGAGGAACAUUCGACCUCGACGUUGGCCGCGGAGAGGAUCAACGCGGAGACAUCGGAACGUUUGCGGUUGGAGAAAGAGCUUCAGGAUGUAACCGAAACGAACAAGAAUCUUCAGCAGGCGACCGAGCGUCUGGAGAUGGAACUUUUGUACGCAAGAGCCGCCGAUUUGAACGGGAUCGUGUCCGACGUCGAGGACGGCGAGGAUGGCGGUGUUUACAAGCAAAGGUACGAGCACGCCGUUAGGGAGCUCGAGUUCACCAAAAGAAAGAUGGCGCAGCAGCACGAGGAUGACCUCGAGCAACUGGUAGGGCUCAAGAAACAAUUGGAGAAAAAGUUAACGGAUGCUUACGAAGAGGUCGAGGAACAACGUCAAGUUGUCGGACAAUGGAAGCGGCGUGUACAAAAACUGAACGGUGAAAUGCACGAUGUGAGGCUUCUACUAGAAGAACAAACGGCUAGAAACAAUCUUCUGGAGAAGAAACAACGCAAGUUUGAUUCGGAAAUGCAGAAUUUGCUGAACGAUAUUCGACAAGAGAAAGCUCAACGAGAGAAACUGGCCAGAGAAAAAGAAAUUGCGCUCGCUGAAAAGUUUACCAUAGAGCAGAACUUAAGCGACGCGAGGCUGGAGAUCGAGAUAAAAGAGGAAAGACUGCGCACGCUCAGCCAUGAAUUGGAAGAGUUGACAUUCGGCGGUAAAACGGAGGAAGAAGUGGCGCAGUUGAAGAAGGCGAAACACGAGCUAGAGAAGAGGGUGAAGGAUCAGGAAGAGGAGCUCGAUGAUCUCGCCGGUCAGGUACAGCUUCUCGAGCAGGCGAAGUUACGGCUCGAGAUGAACUUCGAACAGCAACGGAAAGAGAUGCGCAAAGAGAUGCAACAACGGGACGACGAACUGGAGGACAUACGCGGCAACGUGCUGAAAAAGGUGAAGGCGUUGGAGUCGCAAUUAGAAAAUGAAUACGAGGAGAGAACCAUUCUUCUGCGGGAGAAACACGAACUGGAACGUCGAGUGGUGGCCAUAGAAGAUCAAGAUCGAACAGAUCGCGCUGCGGAAGCCGAAACUGUGUACAGGUUGAAGAGGGAUCUGAAGAGGACGAAAGUGUUGCUCAGAGACGCUCAAACCAUGCUUGAACGAUCGAAGAGCGACUCAACAGGCAAAGCGGCUUUACGACAAUUGAAGAAUCAGAUAGAAGAUGCCGAGUGCGCUCGUGCGGCCGCGAUUAAAGCGAAACAGGCGAUCGAACAGGAAUUGAAUGAAACCCAAGCGUCGCUAGAAGAAGCACUACGGCAACGAUCCGAGGCUGAGGAUCGUGCUAACGUGGCCAAUCGCGAGAGAACCGAUUUGCUUUCCCAAUUGGAAGAAAAUGAAGAAGAGCUCGCAGAGGUGAGCGAAUCUUAUUUUACAACUGUCAGACUGAAUAGUCAAUUGUCAGCGGAACAGGGGCAAUUGCAAGAGGCUCAGGUACAAAUCGUCGCUCUGGAGACGGAGAAGAAUUCAUUGAAAGAUCAACUUUCGGAAUUAACGCAACGACUGGAGUCUGUCGAGCAGUUAGGCGAUCCCACGGCGAAUAGCCUAGCGACGAGACGCCUCGAGUUCCGCGCCAAAGAGCUUGAAAGUAAAUUAGAGCUGGAACAAACGACAAGAGCACGCUUGGAAACUCAAAUAACAAGGUUAAAGGAGAACGUUGAAAAGUUGCAAAUCGAGUCAGCAUCGCUGAAGACGAAAGUACAAACUGCCCAAGAGAGUGCAAGACGAUUGCAAAGAUCGUUACGCGAGGCAAGGGAAGAAGCUGCUUCAGCGUUGACGCGCGAACAAGAAUCGACACGAGCUCGUCGCGAAUUGGAGAAAUGUCUCGAGGCUGCGGAAGCGGAGACCAAAGUCGCCAAAGACGAUCUACGACUAGCACUUCAAAGAAUUGAUGAUCUACAAAGCGCGAUUCAAGGCGACCUUGAUUUGGACUGUAGCGAAGAGGCAACGACUGAAAACAGUGAUAGUGAUUGAUCCGAACCAUUGUCGGAUUUCGGAUCCGAUGAGAGCAAGAAUGAAAAGUCGACUGCUAUACCUACUGUCGAAGAACUCCCCGAUGAAUCGUUGUUCUUUGAUGCAUCGAAUAUUGAUUAGCGUGAACAGGAAACAUGGUGCAAGGUAAAACAUAAAAGAUGAAUGCUA